AUGAGCCGCCCGUCCUCCGCCGGCCCCGGCCCUAGCAAGCCUUGCGGAAAGCAGCAGCAGCAGCAGCACGCCCCGUCCCCUGCCGCCGUCCUGCCGGGCACCGGCGGGGCUUCUCCGCCGCCUCCCCCGCCUCCUCCUCUUCCUCCCCCCCAGCAGCAGCAGCAGCAGCAGGAGCUGACCUCGCUCUUCGAGUGCCCCAUCUGCUUCGACUAUGUCCUGCCGCCCAUCCUGCAGUGCCAGGCCGGGCACCUGGUGUGCAAGCAAUGCCGGCAGCAGCUGAGCCUCUGCCCCACCUGCCGGGGCUCCCUCACCCCCAACAUCAGGAACCUGGCCAUGGAGAAGGUGGCCUCGGCUGUCCUCUUCCCGUGCAAGUACGCCACAACAGGCUGCUCCCUGACACUCCACCACACAGAAAAGCCAAAACAUGAAGCCAUCUGUGAGUACCGUCCCUACUCCUGCCCGUGCCCUGGUACCUCCUGUGACUGGGAGGGAUCCCUGGAAGCCGUGAUGUCCCACCUCAUGCAUGCCCACAAAAGCAUUACCACCCUUCAGGGAGAAGACAUCAUUUUCCUUGCCACAGACAUUAACCUGCCAGGGGCAGUGGACUGGGUGAUGAUGCAGUCGUGCUUUGGUCACCACUUCAUGCUGGUGCUGAAGAAACAGGAGAAGUGUGAAGGCCACCAGCAGUUUUUUGCCACCGUGCUGCUCAUUGGCACCCGUAAGCAGGCAGAGAACUUUCAGUACAGACUGGAGCUGCACGGCAGCUGCCACCGCCUGACCUGGGAGGCAUCUCCCUGCUCCAUCCACGACGGCGUGGCCGUGGCCAUCCGCAACAGCAACUGCCUCGUUUUUGAUACAGCCACCGCACACCUCUUUGCUGACAACGGAAACCUGGGCAUCAACGUGACCAUUUCUAUGUGCUGCCCGUGAUGCACUGCCGAGACUCAGCUGUCUGGGUGCAGUGCUUCACCAGGUUUUGGUUUUGGUUCCCGUUUUUUACGCUGUUCAACUGUGUCAUCUUGUAUGCUGAGGUUUCUGACUAGCCAACGGUUGUAACUUUGGGCAGAAGAGGAACAAGAGUAAGUAACGUAAGCGGGACGAGGUCUUUUAAAAUUCUUGGGUGCCUUAGGAAGAUUACACACACACAGUUACCUUUUAUAAUUUAAUUAUAUUUUAUGUAAAGAGUGCUUCCAUUAGAUAUGUGGCUUAAGAGGCUCCUGUUUGGAGCACACCUAAAAGCCCUUUCAGCAGUAGUACAGACUCCCUCUGUUACUGGUGAGCUUUAAU